GCCUGUCUUCAGCCGCUACGCUCCACCCUUUCUUCCGGAUGAGUGGUAUGUGGCCAAUGGUGUGAACUACACCAGGUCAUGUUCCGAUCCAGGCGCGCAAGACCCUGACUGCUCCUAUCCCGGACCUCUGGACGUCGAUGGCUUUCCGACCUUCUUCUGGGGUUUUGCCGUCAUGCUGACCACUAUGGAGGACAUCCUAGCCAACACCGAGCUCAAAUCUCUGGAGACUGGUACACAAGAUGCCAUUGCCGGCAUCAAUCGCUUUGCUUUUGAAUUGUCCGAUCCGAACCCACAUGCUUCGCUGGCUGACGUGGGUGGCAUCUGGAAGCAGUCUUCACAUACGCAGCCGCUCAUAGAUCCCGUGCAGGUGGAUGUCAUGGUGGAGGAGUUCGGGCUCCACUGGACAUUACGGAUGGCCCCUGCGGAUGGCUGGCCGGUGGUCUCUCAAGACUUCUGGAGGCAGCUGCUCUUAGUUCUUCCUCUCACCGCGCUGCUUG